AUGCCGAUGGCAUCCCUGGGACUCGGCGAUGCUAUGGUUAAGAAGUUUAUGGUCCAGCUAGUCGAGGGAAUCCGCUACUGCCAUAGUCGCCGCAUCUUGCACCGUGAUCUGAAGCCCCAGAACUUGCUCAUUGACCGUGAUGGUAACCUGAAGCUCGCCGAUUUUGGUCAGGCAAGAGCCUUCGGUGUCCCUCUACGGACUUACACCCAUGAGGUCGUUACACUGUGGUAUCGGUGCCCCGAAAUCCUGCUUGGGGGCCGCCAGUAUUCCACUGGUGUUGAUAUGUGGUCCGUCGGCACUAUUUUCGCCGAGAUGUACACCCGCAAACCAUUAUUCCCCGGUGACUCGGAGAUCGACGAGAUCUUCAAGAUAUUCCGUGUCCUCGGCACCCCCGACGAAGAGCUUUGGCCCGACGUCACUUAUUUCCAGAUUGCAAGGCCACUUUCCCCAAGUGGAAGCGCCCCGAUGCGUCGAUUGUCCCUGGCAUGGAGCCAGCUGGUCUCGAACUGCUGGAUGCCCUGCUCGAGUACGACCCCGCCCACCGGCUUUCGGCGAAGCAAGCCUGCAUCCACCCCUAUUUCCGGAACAGCAGCUCAUACUACUCGGGCCGUCUCAAGCGCAACGGUCUUCAUCAAAACCAGCUGGUAA